AAGCCCAAACAAACCAUGACUCAUUCAGUUUCAGACAAAGACUAUCAUAUUACUAAUGGUCACGUGAUGCGAAUAUUUGCAUGGAAUGAUGGGAAAUCUGGAGGGCGCUUUCGAAAAAACAAAGAUAGCAAUUUGCAGAAAAUGGCGACGGAAAGAGGAGUCGCUCUGGUGGCUUUCAUAGCCCUUGUCUGCUUAUUUGUCACAGUAUCUUCCGAUUUGUAUGUAAACCAACCUGGUUAUAUUUAUUACAAGCAGCCCCAAAAAACAAGCCAGUACAAUGUUUUUGAGAUAACUUUCAAAACAAUAGAUGCAACUGGUAUGCUUCUGCAUGCUCAAAGUGUCGAGAAAGGAGAUUUUUUAACCCUUGAGUUGGUGAGAGGAAAAAUAAGAUAUGCUGGAGAAUUUGGAAAUGGCCAUAUUAAUAUAGACAAACAAGUAACAGGUUAUCAUAAUAUGUAUGUGGGGCAAGAUUUGGCAGACAACCAAUGGCAUACCGUCAAGGUAACUCAAAACACACAAGACAUCACAAUUAUCAUUGAUGGUAGGAGGGAACCAAGAUACUUCGGAUUCUGGAGAGCACCACCAGCGCCAACUCAGUUCAGUGUAGAAGAGGUGUUUAUAGGAGGACUGUACUCAUAUGUUGGGGUUUCUGAAGAAAGAUCUGUUGCCCAGGAAGGAGAUUCUAUGUGUGUCCGAUCUGCAUACAUGAAUGGCAUUGAUCUUCUCAACCAAGGCACCAGAAAAAAUGUUCAAUCUUUCUGCGAUUCUAUCAAUUACUAUCCAAUCUUCUUCCCAAACAAAGUCUCCCAUUUGUCAUAUAAGAAUUAUGACAUAAAGUCAUUGAGACUGAAGUUUGAUUUUAGAACAGUAAUUCCAGACCAAGUUGUAGCCAACUACACAAACAAACUAACCAAAGUUCUUGAUCUGACAUUAGACAGACAGGGCAGGCUCGUUCUUGGGGCAACUGUCGAGAAAACUGGCAGUCAUCUUGUAAUGAAAACUGGAAAACCCAAUUUACAUGAUGGCACAUGGCAUACAGUUGAGUUAUUUUUAUCAAACAGAGAACCAAAUUAUGAUGCAGAGUUUAUUGUUGAUGGUGUGAAACGGAGAUCAAAAUUUUUAAAUCCUUUUAUAUUUGAUGGUGGACCUCUUCACUUUGGUUUUGGUUUUACUGGAUGCAUGAAGAAUCUGUUGCUAAAUGGUAGAGCUGUUGAUUAUACUCAGAUGCAGAAAGUUUCAGUAAUCAUGGGCAAGUGCAACCUUAAAGAUUUCUGCACACCAAAUCCAUGCAUCAAUGGUGGUAAAUGCAAUCAAACUGAUACCAUUUUCAGAUGUGAUUGUAGACAUACUCCCUAUACAGGAUCAUGUUGUACUCAAUCACGUUUCAAUUAUACAUGCACUGAAAUCCACGAGAAGGCAGGGGACAGAUUCAUUAGUGACAAAUACUGGCUAGAUAUGGAUGGCAUUGGAGGAUUGGAUCCAGUUAGAGCAUUUUGUAGAAAAGGGAGAACACCUCAAGAUACUAUAACACAAAUUAACACAACUAUACCCUUUGAUAUUAAUGUAAUAAAUCCGACGGGCAAAAAGAUUAUUCCUGUGACGUAUCUUGCUGAUGAAGAAAGUUUAAGGGAGCUUCUACUGCAUUUCAAGUCCUGUAGGCAAUUCAUCAGAUACCGUUGUGCAAGGAGUGCUCUGUUCAAAUCACCAACAGGACCAAAGCAGGUACAAUGGAUGGGCUUUGACGAUAAACUGCAUUAUUAUUGGGGAGGUUCAGGAGGCCGGCGAGGUUACUGCGCUUGUGGUUUGACAAGGACUUGUAUAGACAAAGAAAUGCAUUGCAACUGUGACGCCUUUAAGUUCGUCAGAGACAUAGAGGAUAAAGGUUACUUAACGACUAAAGAGCAUCUUCCAGUACGCCGUAUUGACUACUUUGACGUAAUGUCGGACACUGGUAAAAAUGGUAUAAGUUCCAUUGGUGCACUUGAGUGUUGGGGAGUAGAUACUUCCAACCUGGCAGCUACUUUUAGAGAGCAAUGGUCCUACAUGCAGAUAGAACUGACAGACGAAAAUGAAUGGAACAAUCACAUCGAUGCUGGAGAUGUUGCGCUGGAGUUUCUGACAACCACGGCAGCCGGGACGCUCGUCUUUGCUAGGGGACCUAUCUCUGGAGAUUUUCUUGAAAUAAAGCUUAUCAACAGGCAGCGUGCUCGGGCAACCAUGAAUCUAGGAUACUACAAGAACAUGCAUUUGGAUGUGGACAUUGCCGUUUUGAAUAGAACAUUCGAUGAUAAUUUGCCGCACAAGCUACGUCUAGAUUGGAACAGGAGGGAAAUGAACUUUACAGUUGAUAACAUAACUCGCAUUGUGGAGUUUCAUUAUCAGUAUGGCAUUACUCAUCUUGAUGUUGAUGGAAGCCCUUUCUACGUCGGCGGUCGAAAUGAUGGGUUAGGCGAAGGAUUCAUUGGAAUUAUAAGAUCAUUUUACUAUGGGGGAAAGCUUGUUGAUCUUCCAACCGAGGCAGAGGGUUUAUCGCGAAUCGGUGUAUACCCGGGACAAGGAAGCGCUUGUAAACUCGUCAAAUCCCCUUGUAAUCAAGGAUUCUGUAUCGAAGAAUACAACAAAUACUUCUGCAACUGCUCGGUUUCGGCAUUCAGUGGUAACCAUUGCCAAUAUGACCAAAAUGCAUUCGUCUUUACCAGUGGUAAAUUCCUCAGGUACACUUUCCAGAAAAAAGUUCAAGUGCAGGAAGGAUACAUUAACGUUGCCUUCAAAACAAAUGAGGCGAAUGCAGUGAUUUCUCAGUUACGUGGAGAUGGGAACGCCCAUAUCACUCUGUUAUUAAUUAAUGGAGUGCUGAAGCUGUUAUUUAACUUCAGGCCUCUUGAGACGGAUCUGCAGUCGUUGGAUAUACAGCACCCACAGCAAACAACGUUGGGAAAAUUCAACGACAAUAAAAGACAUAUAAUUAGGAUUCAUCACAAAGAAAAUCAGAUUUUCACGUACGUUCUUGAUAACAGCGACAGCCCGAUAAAAGGCGUUCGUAAUAUCUCGGCACCGUUCACAACAAUGUUAUUUCCUGAACCGGCCACUUUGGCUCUUGGUAGGCGCUCUUCUCUGCUUGUCGGAUUCCCUACAACGUUCGUCGGUUGCAUCACUGGGCUCCGUUAUCAGUAUCUUCCACAGGGUGCUAAAAUUGGUGUCAACAUUGAUAUGGGUCAUCUUUUCCAAACGAAAAACCCCAGUCUGGAUCGAUCGCAAGCACCAGUGAAUGGAUCCUGUGGAGAUACCCUGCCUGUCCCGCCAGCUUUGCCACCAAUUAUUCCUCCGCAGCAGUUCAAAUUCAGAAACCCUGUCGUCACAGUUGCCCCGAUUGGUUCAAAUUACACAUUCGGUAAAGCUGUAGUAAUCGGUAUUGUGUGCGUCCUAAUUGUCCUUGCUGUCGUGCUACUGUUCAUAACAUUGAAAUGUGUUGAGAACUACAAAAAGAAGUAUAGAGCGAUUGAAGAAAAACUUGCUUUGACGCUUCAUGAAAAAGCCCCCGCAAAAGAGGAGCCACCCACACGCAGAAAUGAUUUUUACUACGAAAGAGAGCAAGAGCCAGAGAUUCCUCUUCAGGAACUCAGAUCCCAGCCAGCCGAACCAGUUUACCCAUCGCAGAGUUCAUACGGCCCUGAAACGAUUUCAUAUGCCCCGAGCCCUAAGCCUGGUGCUGCGGCCGCAUCACCACCAGAGAAAGACGACGAUGAUGGGUUCUUCUUAUAGAUCAGAAUCAGAAGUUUUCUGUAUUCCACCUUUUUCAACACAUGCAACCAUGUAUUUACCAACGUCAACUUUUGCUGGUAUGACUGUGGAUACCAAGCAUUAGACUCAACACAUGGACUUAGUUGUACUAGAAAGUUUUUUGUGUAUUUUUUCGUUUCUUUUAGCUCUAGGGUAUUUAAGGAGGACAUGACUGGUUUUUGAUUGUUUCUGAAAUUGCUUGUAAGCUAGAUUUUAUGGCAGUUUUAUACAGUGAAUUUUAGAUAUCUCUCACCAGCUAAUGAUAAGCUUCAUUAGAAUUUCGAGGAAAAUAGUUAAGUGCACAUACUGUGGUUCUGGUUUGCUUAUAGGGCAAGGGUUAACGACGUGAUUUAUUGUAGGUUAAACAAUUUUCCUUUUCAGAAUAGUUGGAAGACAUUUCAUAUAUAAUUGCAUUUUUCUGCAAAAUUUGAGUAACACGGAACCCUUGCAUCGAAAAAUAUGCACAUACUGUUAUAAAGUUAAGAAUUUGUUGAUGAUGUAUUGUUUUGUAUUCAAGUUGUAUUUAAUCAUGACGUCAAAAGCACAUCGUUGUAUGGUAUCUUAUUCAAAAGUGGAGGAUAUACCAGUAGCAUUUAUUAUAUUGUAGCAUUUAAUACCUUCGUUAUCGACUUUUGAGUAUUUUUGAAAUUGUA